AUGUCAGCCCCAGAAGGAUUUCAAAAAGUCAGUGAGGAAGCCCAUACUUCGCAGCAAAUCAUUCAACAGAACCCAUACGGACCAAAUCCAGCGGAUUUCUUAUCGAAUGUAUCGAAUUUUCAAUUAAUUGAAUCAACAUUAAGAGAAGGAGAACAAUUUGCCAAUGCCUUUUUUUCGACAGAAACCAAGAUUGAGAUAGCCAAGGCUUUAGAUGAUUUUGGAGUUGAUUAUAUUGAGUUGACUUCGCCAGUUGCCAGUGAACAAAGUAGAAGAGAUUGUGAAGCCAUUUGUAAAUUAGGAUUAAAAGCCAAAAUCUUAACUCAUAUUAGAUGUCAUAUGGAUGAUGCUAAGGUUGCGGUUGAAACCGGAGUCGAUGGAGUCGAUGUUGUUAUUGGAACCUCUCAAUUUUUAAGACAGUACAGCCACGGGAAAGAUAUGAACUAUAUUGCUCAAUCAGCAGUGGAAGUUAUUGAAUACGUUAAAUCAAAGGGAAUUGAAAUUAGAUUUAGUAGUGAAGAUUCGUUUAGAAGUGAUUUGGUUGAUUUAUUGAAUAUAUAUAGAACUGUUGAUAAGAUUGGGGUUAAUAGAGUAGGUAUUGCUGAUACUGUUGGAUGUGCUAAUCCAAGACAAGUUUAUGAAUUGGUACGUACUUUGAAAAGUGUUGUUAAUUGUGAUAUUGAAUGUCAUUUCCAUAAUGAUACUGGAUGUGCCAUUGCCAAUGCCUAUACUGCUUUAGAAGGAGGAGCAAGAUUAAUUGAUGUUUCAGUGUUGGGGAUUGGUGAAAGAAAUGGUAUUACUCCAUUAGGAGGAUUGAUGGCAAGAAUGAUUGCUGCUGAUCGUGAUUAUGUUUUAUCAAAAUAUAAAUUACAUAAAAUAAGAGAUAUUGAAAAUUUGGUUGCUGAAGCAGUUCAAGUAAAUAUUCCCUUCAAUAAUCCAAUUACUGGAUUUUGUGCUUUUACUCAUAAAGCUGGUAUUCAUGCAAAAGCAAUUUUGGCAAAUCCAUCAACUUAUGAAAUCUUGAGUCCUGCAGAUUUCGGUUUAACUAGAUAUAUCCAUUUUGCCAAUAGAUUAACUGGUUGGAAUGCAAUCAAAUCCAGAGUUGAUCAAUUAAACUUACAUUUAACCGAUGAACAAUGUAAGGAAGUUACUGAAAAGAUUAAAAAAUUAGGGGAUGUUAGAAAAUUAAACAUUGAUGAUGUUGAUUCCAUCAUUAAAGAUUUCCAUGCUGAUUUAUCAGCUCCUUUGGUCUUACCGGGUCAAACUCCAGAAGUUACUCAUGUAGUUGAAGGAUUAGAUGAAUCUUCUUCUAAAAGACAGAAAAAUUAG